AUGGAUGACAACAAACCAAAGUCCAACACCUUUACAGAUGAAGGUAGACUACCACAGGUGGAAUUUGCCAUCAAGAACGUCUCCAGGGCAGGCACAAUAAUUGGAUACGUGUGUUCAGACGGCGUUGUUCUCAUGGGGGUAAACAAGGAGCCGACGAAUGGGCCGAUGGAGAAGAUCUACCAACUGAGCGAUAGUAUUUAUUGUGUGCUAUGUGGACUGUUUGGAGAUGCAAUGGAGCUCAAGAGAUAUGCGCGGAUAAAGGCCCAGGAAGUUCUAGAAAGAUUCGGGGUGGAGUGCCCUCUUACAACCCUAUGCAAAUUUGUUGGACAGAGGAAGCAGGCGUUUACCCAAUAUGCAGGAACGCGGCCCUUUGGAGUGUCCUUUCUGUAUGCCGGGGUUAUAGACGGAAAAUAUGCCCUGAUGUCCACGGAUCCAAGCGGGACAUCGAAUCGGUGGAAGGGAAUGUGCUACGGGGAGAACGAAGAGGCCAUAAACAGGGGACUUAAGAACGACUUUCCCGAGGAUGAAAUGGACAUGAAGACGGCCACCGUCGAGAUAUUAAGGCUUCUAGGCAAGGCUCGGGAGCUAGGCCCCAAGGAGGCAGACAGGUUGGAAAUUCUGCACUUCUCUAAGGACUGCAAGAAAUACCUUCCGUGUGAUGAGGUUUUAAAGCUUCUUGAGGAAAUACAUGCCAAGUAG